UUAACUGGAGGACAGGGGCCAGCAUUGCCUGGUCUAUGCUGUUACUUCCACCCGCUGUAGGGAUUUACAUCUGCUUAGCCCACUUCUCUCUGCUUCAUCCCACGACAUGGCUCUUUGGAUGGUUACAGACAUGUUUUUCUCUACAUGGGAUAAGCUGCGUGUUCGUCAUCUUUCUCUGUUCAUUAUUUGCUGCAAUCAGUAAUGCAUUCUCUUAUAUUGUUGUCCCCUACAUCCAUAGAAAUCGGCUGUCAGUCAUCCUGUCAGUCACACGUCCGUCACGCCUACUCCAUGCAGCAGGCCAUGCCCUCCUGGGUGGGAUCACCGCCUGGUCCUCCUGUAAGCUAGUUAGAGGCGACUACCUGGCCCUAUCCACACGAUGUAACGGGGAGGAGAGAGGCCUGUGCCUCAAUGAGCGCCAUCUAUUUCUUGUUCUCUUUGGGGCUUUCAUUGGUAUUGUAUACAGUGUUUCAUAUUAUCUGAACAGACACAAUCUACUGACUUUCAACAUCAUACAGCAGGUGAAGUUCUUCCAAGUGAAGUCCAACGUGCCACAAAUAGUCUUGAAGAAUUCUGUGUGGUCCCUCCGUCUGUGUACAUACUACUACGCAUUCUACUACCUAUGUGGUUGCUUGUUCAAAUCCUGGCUCCUCACCAAUCUGGAUCUCCAGGAGCUUGCGAUCCCUGUGGACUCCAUCAGAGGUCUCCUGGAUAUCAGGCUGCUAUGGCAGGCAUGGCUCUUAGGAACCAUUAUCACCCAUUUAUGGACUUUCUCUCUUUACCUCUUCAAAGUCUUUAAUACAGAGGUGUAUGAGUUUCCAAUAGAGACGGCUUUCAACACAAGUGAGGAGUGCACGCUUCAUCGAGCCUUGGGCAAACGGAACAGUCCUCUGGUCCAAUACUUGGCUUAUCAAGACCUCAGCAUUCUCUCAGAACACUCACUAGCUAGGAGGAAACAGAUAUUUACUCUUAGUCAGCCAGGUGGUCACCCGCACAACUGGACGAGGAUCAGUUCUGAAUGCCUCCAGCUGCUUGCCUCGCUGACCGAUAGGUUGAUCGUCCAUCAAGAGUGGGCGGCAAACGGCAUCAACAGAGAGAAAAGAAUGAAGAAAGAGGAAGAGAAGAAGACAAAGAAACAAAGUGGGACAAAUGCACAGAGAGUGUCCAGCAGUAGCUCCUUCUACACAGCAGCUACUUCCCCUGGGCCCCACCAGCGUAUUGCCACCCUGUCUGCUACCACCUACGGUACCCCAGUCGACUACCCUUCCCCUGGGUAUGCCAUGCCGAGGACCCCGGCCCGGCAUAAUGCCAGCUAUAAUGCUCGCACACCGGGUGGAGACAGUGUGUGGGUAGAUUCGCCAGCCAGUCAUACCUAUGUCCCUUCACCUAGGAGGCCUAUUCAUGAACACCAUAGAGGUAUGUCUCCUCAACGGGCAUCUUUUCAAGUCUUCAGGAGACCCUUCUUUGUCUUCCUGUAUCCUCGGAUUGCGGUCAUCAGGCAGCUACCUCUCUUCCGCUACUUUGUGGACCCUUUCCCCGAGGCUGAUAAUCGCUCGUUGUUCACCGAGACGCAGCUCCACAUAUGGGCUUUAGAAGCCUUUGCAUCCUUGGUUGCAGCUUCAUACGCUGAAGACUCGUAUGGAGUAGUGCAAAAAAGCCUUCCUGACAUACUCACUGAAAUGCUUGCCUUGUAUAAUGCUCUAGAAAAACUCUUGAAGCUUCCGACACUCCUGACUGCUCGUGACCCCCGUGAACUCAAGGUCACGAGGAUAGGCCCCGCCCACCCUGACGAUCAGCUACGUAAUGACCUUAGAACCACCAUCAAGACAUCAUUGCACAGAAUUGGGUCUACCUUUAAUAAACAUCUCAAGAGUGUUCCACUGGCACUAGAAUACAGGAAGCAGCUCGAUGAAUUGAUGGAUUACAAAAUAUGAGAAGCAAGGACAUCCGACCAGUAUGUCAGUCUCAAUUCUUCUAACCUCAACAUCCCCCUAUUAAAGUUUGUUGAACCUGAGAUGGUCAUGACUGAGAAUAAUUGCUGCUGAGUAAAUGUUUCUAAUUUCGAUAUGUCCGUGAUGCCCUUUAAAGAUAUAAUUUACAUGGAAGAGAGGAUUCCUUGUAUUUCUGAGGACAGAGAAUGCAUGCCAUAGGACUCGUAAGGGCAAUUUCAUGAAAUACAUGUAAUCCAGCCUAUAUGUGAUGCUAGUCUACUGUACAGACCCUUUACUCAAGGAUUUCAAUUGGUCUGAAUAUGCAGCCUAAGGUCCCUGCCAUUGGCUUGUGUACUGAAGGCUCCUCUGAAACGGCAAGUUUUAUUUGUGCUAGUCUUGUGUGUAGACUAACUUGUUGAUCAAAGUUUCAGUCAGGGGUGUGCUUGCAGAGUAAUGUGAGUCUUCCUGAUUUUAUUUUGUUGUCUCUGUUUUGUUUUUUCGUGAAAAUUGCAAUGCUCUUAAAUGGUCAUAACUGGAGCAGUUUAUGAAAUGAAUUAAAAAUGAAAGAAAAUGGAGGUCAGAUGAAUAAUUAUUGUUCUCUGGAUGUACCCGUGAAACGGCAAGAUUCAGUUAUCUCGUGGAUCAUUUGAAUGGUCAAUUUCAAUAGAUUAUAUGUGAGACUACAUGUAGGCAGUGAUGUUAAUGUAGCUUUAAGCAGUUCAUCACACUGCAGUAAAAGAGUCAUGUAUUGUUUCCAUGACGUUUGCUCCUGUAGAUAAAUGUGCAUAUUAAUCCAAGUAAAUCUGACGUCAAGCCUAACUCAAGCACUUAUCCCUAUUCUCUUAUUAUUCUGAACUAAUUACACUGUCACAACCAUCAAGGGCAAUUCCAUGCUAGAAAAAAUCAGCCAUUUUCACAACACUUUUCCACCUACUGUCCAAACAAACGAGGAACUUCAAUUUAAUUUGUUGUAAUAUUUAAUUACUACUGGGUAGUCAUGUAAAAUAUUGACUACCGGUACCAACAGAAAUAUUUUCCAUCGAUGAAUUAGGGCCGAAAAUGUUGCGUGUCAUUCGGGUCAUUUCUGAAACCUGUACGACGCACAACAUUCACCCAUACUCAAACACAUUUUGUUUGUUAUCAGUUUUUCACAUCACUACCCGCUUUUACUUUAUCAUUGACAUAAAAGAAAGUUUUAUUGCUCAAGCAUUCAGCUAUUAAAGAGACUAUGAAUAAAAUAAUGGGUUUAUUUCCAAUUCGUCUAAUGCAAUUCAUCCAAUUGCAAAUUCGUCUAUUAUCAUUUGGUCUACCAUUAGUUCGUCCACUCACCACAUGGUCUACUUUCAUUUAGUCUAAUGCCAUUCAGUCUAAUAACCAGUUGAUCCAAUAGCCAUUUAGUCCAUAUACUAUUUGGUCUAAUCGAAUUAAGUGUUAAAUUGUGCAAAAUGAAUGAAAAUGAAAUGGAUACUAGACCAACUGGUUAUGAGACGAAAUGGUCAUAGACGAAACGGUGAUUAGAAGACGUGAUGAUUGGACCAAAUGGUUAAUGGACCAAAUGGUUGUUGGAAUGGCAUCGGACUAAAUGAAAGCAGACCAUGUGGUGAGUGUACGAGUUGGCUGUAGACGAAUUGGCGAUUUACCAAAUAAGGUAUAACUGUUGCCAAUUUGAGGAUUAAAGUUGCCAAUUUGAUGGUGAAAGCAGAUUAUUUUAAACUUCUAGAAAAGAUUUGUGCCUCUAUUGCCUGUAUUGUGAAUUGGGUUUAAUUCAAACUCUGGUUUAAAGUUGUGGUUAAAAUAUGGAUAGCCAAUUGCACAGCUAGUAGUAGGAUUUUUAAGGGGAAAAUCACAUUAAAUAGGAUUUUCCCCCUUGAAAUAUGAUUUGUUAAACUUAUAAGAGUUAUGAUGUUUGGUAUUUUUUUCAAAAUUUUCAAGAAGAAUAAGAUUUUAGGCUUGGAAAAAAAAAUAAGGAAUGGGAUUUUUCACAAUUAAGGUUGGCACUUCUGCAAUUCUGACAGGUAUCUCUAAUCAUUCAUAACUGACUGGGAAUAAUUACUGAAAUAAUUAUCUUUGUUGUUAAAACUUGAAGAAGAACAUGUAUGCAAUUUUAAAACUGUUGGCUUCCCAUAAUUUAAACACAGAGUUCGACCUGACUUCAGUAUAUGUGCCUAUGGGAUUUAUUGAGAAAGUCAUAUGGAGUGCAAUUAUGGGAUAAAAUAUGGUGUCAGACUGUUAGUUGACAUCUACAAGUAAGAGACUGAGCUCAUAUUAACGCAUGACUGAAGAAAGCAUGAUGAUGUUUAUUUCUUUGUAUGUUUUUGUAUAUUUGACUGAAAAUAUUACCAAAGAAAACCAGUUCCAAAUAACUUCCUCACUGUAUUGAAUAAUGUAAAAACUAGGAGACAGGCCAAUUGUUUUCAUUUAUUUGUUUGUUCAUGAUUUUCCACACCUGAGCAAGUAAUCAUAAUUGUUCCUUUAUUUUUUUCUCCGAUUGUUGACAGUGAAAUGUAGGUAAUCCUUGAUGCAUCAAUAAAAUGAUCACUGUUUUCAAGCCAAGGUCUCAUCUGAUUAAAAAAAAAAAAUUCAUUUGAAAUCACAUGUUGUAUUUUAUUUAUAGUGAUGUGUGGUUUUUCAUUUCAGAAAGAAAAAUUUAUAUUUUUUUUCUGGGAGGGGGGGGGGGGACUUUUUCCCUAUUACUUUCUUGGAAAGAAGACUAAAUCAGUGAUCAGUGUAUUAAUUUUUGUUUAUUUAUAACUCAUUGUUUUUGUGGGUUUUUUUAGUGGAUGUGUAACAUUCUGUAUUCUGGCUCUUAGACAUCACUCAUUAUUCAUUGCUUUAUCUUUCAUUUUAAAAGUUCACUCAAAUGUGCCUAAUUGUAGGUGUUUGUAGACAUUUGAGGGUACCACAUUUAGAUUUAAAAAAUUAUUCCUUAUUGCGCUAAAAGAAAAAAAAAAUUAUGUCUGACAUUACUGCAUAAGUUUUCAUGUCAUGAGAUAUCGUAGAUUAAACAAUGCCAAGAUUUUAGAGGGAUGAAAAUUUCUUCCUUGGAUAGUUUUUUUGUCUCACCUGCUGCAUAGCAGAGCACUUGAGACUAUAGGCGCCGCUUUUCUGACCGCGGCGGCGGCGUCAACACCAAAUCUUAACCUAAGGUUAAGUUUUUGAAAUGUCAUCAUAACUUAGAAAAUAUAUGGACCUAGUUCAUGAAACUUGGACCUAAGGUUAAGCAAGUAUUACUGAACAUCUUGCUUGAGUUUCACAUCACAUGACCAAGGUCAUUUAGGGUCAAUGAACUUUGGCCAAAUUGGGGGAAUCUGUUGAAUUACCAUCAUAACUUUGAAAGUUUAUGGAUCUGAUUAAUGAAACUUAGAUAUAAAAGUAAUCAAGUAUCACUGAACAUCCUGUGCGAACUUCAGGUCACAUGACCAAGGUCAAUGAACUUUGGCCAUGUGGGGGGGGGGUAUCUGUUGAAUUACCAUCAUAACUUUGAAAGGUAAUGGAUCUGAUUCAUGAAACUUGGACAGAAGAGUAAUCAAGUAUCUUUGAACAUUCCCUCUGAGUUUCAGGUCACAUGACCAAGGUCAUUUAAGGUCAAUGAACUUUGGCCAUGUUGGGGGAAUUUGUUAGGUGUAUUGGUCUAGUUCAUAAAACUUGGACAUAAGAGUCAUCAAGUAUCACUGAACAUCUCAUGCGAGUUUCAGGUCACAUGACCAAAGUCAAAGGUCAUUUAAGGUCAUUGAACUUUGGCCAUUUUAGAGGUAAUUAUUAGAUUGCUUUCAUAACUUUCAAAGUUUAUAUAGUGUAUAAAAUGUGGAUAUAGGGGUAAUCAAGUAUUACUGACAAGUUUUAGGUCACAUGAUCAAGGUAAAAUGUCAUUAAACGUAGUAAUGUAUCAUUAUAUGAAUGGUGUUUUUUGUGAAUAAUUAUUUUAUAGUAGUUUUCAAAGUCAGCACUGCUGCUAUAUUGAAUCGCGUGAUGCAGGUGAGACCGCCAGAGGCAUUCCACUUGUUUUUUUCUUAUAAAUCUAUGAAACCUUUUUAAUUCAAAUUUUUGAAUAUUUUUGUUGUAUUAUGUUCGAUAAUUUGCUUUGAUUUGUGUUUAAAUGAAGAAAGUCCUCUAAAUCAAACAGUUGUAUGCCAUUGGCACAUGGUAAAAUUUGUUUAUAUGCAAUGUAUGUGUACUUUUUGAGGCUAUGAAUAAACUUGCUAGUAAAAUGA